GCCAGGUGGUGGGGUUAUCAUGAAAAGGAAAAAGGAGAACACAAUUGGACAACGCGCAACGAGCUAAAAACGGGGAGCACGACGCAAUGAUGCUUAUAUGCGGAGACAACAAAAUCAUAGUACACCAUCAUCUGCUCUUGCGCUUUUCGAAAAAGAUCAUCUGUCCUCGCCUCGCUCUCAUGGAGCUCGCUGAUAUUUUAUCCCGCAGUAUAUAUAUUUUUUAUCCCGGAGUAUAUGGAUCUCGCUCCUUUGUUGUGUGUACAGUGUACUCUCUAGCACACCGGCCGCUUAUCUCACCGAGGGAGGGUCUCGCACUUUUCAUCAACCUACCUACCUGUCGGCCCAAAAUCUCUCUAGUCUCUAUAUAUACCACCCUCGAGCUCUCUUGCAGCUCACAGGCUCACACCCACAGCCCGGAGCCACUACUUUCCUUCCACAUCCCUCGUGCCGUUUGCACGUACGCUCUCUCCCGUUUUCUCCUCCCUCGGCUCCGGUGGACACGUCUUAACCGGAGCAAGCUACCUAGCGCGCCGCGGUCGGCCAUUGUCUCGGCGACUGGUCAGUAACUGAUCUGCAGCUACCUAGAGAGUAGUGUGAGUGUGUGACGGAGCUAGGCGGCCUGCAGCAACGCACAGCUACAUAUACAGGCAGCUGGGUUGGCGCGGUUCUCGGAAAAGAACAACACUCCAACAAGAAGGAAAGGCUUUUAGCUAGGCACGAGAGGAUGGUGAACACGGCGUCGGCCGGCGUGAACAAGGCGGCGGUGGCGGCGGCGCAGGGGGGUCACCGGGCGCUGCCGCUGGCGUCGCUGAACCACAUCUCUGUGGUGUGCCGGUCGCUGGAGAGCUCGCUCAGCUUCUACCGCGACGUCCUCGGCUUCAUCCAGAUCCGCCGCCCGGGCUCCUUCGACUUCGACGGCGCAUGGCUGUUCAACUUCGGGAUCGGCGUGCACCUGCUGCAGGCGGAGGACCCGGAGAGCCUGCCGCCCAAGAAGGCGGAGAUCAACCCCAAGGAUAAUCACAUCUCCUUCACCACGUGCGAGAGCAUGGAGGCGGUGCAGCGGCGGCUCAAGGAGCUGGGCAUCCGGUACGUGCAGCGGCGGGUGGAGGAGGGCGGCAUCCACGUCGACCAGAUCUUCUUCCACGACCCCGACGGCUUCAUGAUCGAGGUCUGCACCUGCGACAACCUCCCCGUCAUCCCGCUCGUCACGCACCUCGACGCCGCCGCCGCCUGCGCGCCACCUGCGGUCGUCGCGCCCAGCUGCAAGAGGGUCUCCAACCAGCACCAGCAGCAGCUCAGCACCAUCGUCACCGCGGCCGUGCCCGAAGUCCCGCCAACGGCGGCCACGGCGCAACAGCAGUCCGUCGGCGGCGGCUGCGUCGGCGAGGUCGUCGACCCGGCGGCCAGCAUGUCCGCCAGCGCCAUGAUGACAUGCUCGGAGCACGCCUGCAUGCAGGUGUAAUCAUUCAUUCGCCUGUUGGCUUGCGAGGACGCGACGUUUUGACGGACUGUCGAGCUCGAGCUCGAGCCAGCCAUCGUUUAUUUCUGCGGUUUCUUUUGCCCGUAAUUAGCUGUGUUUAGCACCGGCCGGUUUUCUUUUCUUCUUCGAAUAUAUUCGAGUACGUACCUAAAUUGUAUUCAGCUGCAUGCGGGUAGGUCUGGCCAUCGCUUACGCUGACGACCGAGGAUCCAUUGAUCUCUCAGCCAGCUGGGGGUAGGUAGCUAGUGGCUUGCUCUGCAUGCAUGCCAGUGUAUGUUGCACAUAUAUAUGUACGCUGUGAUCUAUUCUGUGUAUUCAAUGUAAUGAUCAUUCAGUA